GGUGUACCCCGCUUCCCACUUAGGUUUCUCCAUCUCCGCGUCUUUUUUUCCGCUUUCUAGAAACGGAGACCGGAAACGUCCUUGAGCCUAAACCGCCCGGCGGCACUUCCGGCGGCGGGUCUCCCAGGGUUCCGGGAGAGAGCUGGCAGCAGAGGGGUGCGAAGGGGCAGCGGGCCGCGGCGGCUGGAGGAUGAAGAAGGAGCAGGUGCUGCACUGUCAGUUCUCCGCGUGGUACCCGCUCUUCCGAAGUCUGACCAUCAAGAGUGUCAUCCUUCCACUGCCUCAGGAUGUGAAGGAUUAUUUGCUCGACGACGGAACUCUGGUGGUCUCUGGAAGGGAAGAUCCGCCAGCACACUCUCAGCCAGACAGUGAUGAUGAAGCAGAAGAAAUACAGUGGUCCGAUGAUGAGAACACAGCCACCCUUACGGCACCGGAGUUUCCUGAGUUCACCACAACAGUCCAGGAAGCUAUCAGCUCUCUGGGGGGCAGUGUCUUUCCCAAACUCAACUGGAGUGCCCCAAGGGAUGCAUACUGGAUAGCAAUGAAUAGUUCUCUGAAAUGUAAAACGCUCAGUGACAUCUUCCUGCUUUUCAAGAGUUCUGAUUUCAUUACUCGUGACUUCACUCAACCAUUUAUUCACUGUACUGAUGAUUCUCCAGAUCCUUGUAUAGAAUAUGAGCUUAUUCUUCGAAAAUGGUGCGAAUUGAUUCCAGGAGCUGAAUUCAGAUGUUUUGUCAAGGAAAACAAGCUUCUUGGUAUUUCUCAAAGGGAUUACACACAAUACUAUGAUCAUAUUUCUAAACAAAAGGAAGACAUUUGCAGGUGCAUACAAGAUUUUUUCAAGAAACACAUCCAGUACAAAUUCUUAGACGAAGACUUUGUGUUUGACAUCUAUAGAGACAGUAGGGGGAAGGUGUGGCUCAUUGACUUUAAUCCAUUUGGUGAAGUCACAGACUCAUUACUGUUCACUUGGGAAGAACUCAUCUCUGGGAAAAACCUGAAGGGUGAUUUUAGCGAAGGAGACAGUCAGGAGCAGGAUUCUCCAGCCUUCCGCUGCACCACCAGUGAAGUCACUGUGCAGCCCAGCCCUUACCUGAGCUACCGACUGCCUAAGGACUUCGUGGACCUCUCCACAGGGGAAGAUGCCUACAAGCUGAUAGACUUUCUUAAGCUGAAAAGAAGUCAGCAAGAGGAUGACUGAUGAGAGUGCUGGAGCUGAGGGCCGAGUUGAAGAGGAAACCUCUGCGGCUCUUUGGGAGGCUGGCCUGGACCCCGGCUCCUGCCCUCCCUGAAGCCUGGGGGCCAGCAGGCUGUCCGUCAGGGGCUUUUAUAUUCGGGUCUGUUCAUUGGGAGGGGGGACAUGGAAGGGCUUUGCUACUUGUACAAACAACAUAAUAAAUAUAUCUUAAACACAGCAGAUUGUCCUGUUCUGAUAAUAAACUGCUUUCUACAAAA